AUUUUCUCGUAGGCUUCUGUCAUUCGUUUUAAUGUGUGGAUCGGUUAGAUAACCUGUGUGGGUUCUCACAUAGGCUAACGACAUUUAAAUGCCUUUGGGACCUAUCAUACUACAAUCACUGGAUUAUUUUACGAUUUCAUUAUUCGCUGGUAACCCAAAGGAGACAACUUGUGACUUUUAAGAGGCUUAAUGUGUAAGGAUAUGUGGAAAUUAUUUUCUAGAUUUGACAAAUUUCGCGUUAGAUCUGUGAAAAGUGUAUGUAAUCAUCAGAUCUACACAUUCUCCAUCAGUUGUAUGCGGAGCGGACCGUGAAUGGAAUCCUUACUGACUUUUCCCAUGCAAUACAUCCAUCUGACGUUGAUCCUCGGGAGAUCCCAAAUGGUCCCACAGGUGAAUCGAUACAAUAUUCAGUCGGUAUAUCGACUUACUUGGUCUUUUUAAAUUAGGCACGAAAUGCAGGCUGCAAUUAAUUCUAUUGUUGGAGUAUAAAGCGUCUUCAAUAAUUAAUCGUAUUAGGCGGAAUAAGGUGUAGAACAUAGCCAAUCAAAUACAUCCUGCCGGUUCAAGACAGACGUACUACUACAUACAUCAGAUGGAAGGAUCAGUUUGAUCAGUUUUGUUAAAGCCACUGAAUCAAGGUAUACUCCAUAUGGAUCUUAAGUGAAGAGUCGGAAGACUAAUAGUGUUCUUAACAGGUAGAUUAGAAAUUACCAUCGAGACAUCAUCUGCGUCUGAACGGCUUUCUACAAAAAGCCAUCAGUAUAAUAACGGUCUACCUGGCUAGAUAACCUAGAUAGAUACAAGAAGAAAUUGCUCCAACAUUAUGCCCUUUAAGUUGAGGAGGAGGAGGUUUAUAUCGUGCUUCUAUAAGCUAGUUCCGAGCCAACCCAGGUAGGCUGAUAAUUACAGCACAUUUUUACUCGACACAGGUAUCAUCGAAACCCAGUUUCGGAUUUCUAAACGCUGCCAAUAAAACUUCCAACGGCUUCUUAGGCGAAGGUUAUUUAUACAUUCACAAGAGGAACGAAGGUAGAUACCAAUCAGCUGGUUUGUGGAAAAAAGAAUGUAGCAAAUCAUAUCAUGUUGUUGGUGCAUAAGUUCUCAGCCACGCCAAUAUCUCGGAUAUACGAUGGGGUUUGCUGCUGUUUGGAUAUGACACAUUGGUUCCACAUCACAAGUUUAGUACUGUUACUCUGCCAUCUAGUCGGGUGCAAUCCAGACGAUUGCGGAACAGCAUACGCCGCCCAGGUUCCGAUAGAUUGUUAUGAUUGCUCAACAUUUAACAACGGGGAAGACUACUGCGCCGACCCCUUCAACUACAGCCAUCCAAAUGUUAGAACUGUCCGCUGUACUGCAGCUUGUGCAAAAUGGGUACGCACAACCAAUAUCCCAGGGAUAAACCACUACAUAAGAACCUGCUCUUCCUUACUGAACAUGCAGAUGCCCGUCUCACUGGUGUGUAUGCAAGAAUCCAGACCAGGCCAUGGUCACUUAUGUUUCUGUAAGAAAGGAGAAUGCAAUAACUCUAAUAGUGCGCGAUACCAGUCAUGGUUAUUGCACGUCACGGUGCUGCUGAGUUCUCUCUGGGUGUUGUCCAAUUGGACAGCGUCAAACAUUCAAGAGGAAAUAUACACAAUGUGGUGCAAUACUAGGCCAUGGACCAUUUCUGGAUUUACUUUACCAUUCAUAUUUGUUGCAGGAAUCAUUUACCAGUUUACCAUGUACGAGGUAUACGGCUUCCCACAGCUUCUCAGGAUAUUUCAUUAUUUUAUGACGACAUAAGGAGUACGAGUCUGGAUAGUGAUGUACAGGUGGUGUCCUCUUUAUGAUAUUCAAAUGCACUCUGUAUGCAAGAGCGCAUUAUCACAUGAUGACACGGUGCUUGCUGGGAAUUCGAACCUUGCAUGCUGCCUAAUUGCGCUAAUUGAUCUAUGCUUGGUUUUCUUUAACCAAAAUAGAUGAUUUUAUUGGAUAUAGUUGGCCCUAUAUUGAAUGCAACUUCAAAUAAUUCAAGUCCACGUGAAUCCAUGGUAAGAAAUCCAGUUGAUUAUUGGCAACCGUGACAUUGCUUGAUUAUAUGAAGUCCCAAUCCGAUACCUCCCAUCAUGUAGGAGUAUUUCACGUAUACGAUAAUGAAAAGGUCGACCCAACAAAGAAAGACGUGUCGAUA